AUGGAAUCUCAAAGGAAUGUGAGAACUUUACGGGAUUCAGCAAACGAGCUCAGAUGGAAGAAGUCCGGUGUGGAAGAAGUUGUAGAGGCAGAGGAGAACACCACACGUAAGGUGCGGACUGCUGAAGUCGAUCACUGGCUUUUGGAUGUGCAGGUAACCUUGAGUUUCGUUGGUGAUUUGCUGGAGCAGAGCGAGGAACAAAUCCAGCGAUCAAACUCACUGUGCUGCUGCCUAAGCUGGAGGUCAACAUGGCCCUAUGCCACACUCGUAGCCCGCCUGUGCGGAACGGUGAGAGACCUCAUUUCCACUGGAGUUUUCCAAGAGGUAACUAGGCCAGGCCCCCCUUUUCGUCUUUUCAUACCAGUAGCUGACAUAGUGGGUAGGGAGCACCUGCUUCACCAAGCGUUUCGCAAGAUUACCAUGGAGGGGGACAAUAUAGUCGGGAUUUACGGGCCUGGUGGAGUAGGAAAAACCGAAAUCCUCAAACAUUUCAAACAGAUGUUUGAAGAAGUGUUAAUUGGUGUGCUUGACAUUGUGAUUUGGGCGGAUCUGUCCGACGGUGUCCCUCUUCAAGAGAUAAUCGGAGCGCGCCUUUGCUUGGUCGACGAGGAAUGGCAGUCACAAACUGUAAAACAAAAGGCGAACAUCAUAUCGAGGAAUCUUGAGAGGAAGCAGUUCGCUCUGUUGAUAGACGACCUCCGUACCGGCGUGGAUCUCCAGGAGAUCGGGCUCCAUAACCUAACCAAGCGAGGCGGAUCCAAGGUAGUGUUCACCACUCACUUCGUGGACGUUAUUCGACACAUGACGGCCAAUUUUGAGAUCGAGGUCCCCCCAUUGUCCCUGGUUGCUGCUUGGGAUAUCUUCAAGAGGGGUGUUGGAGAAAUCCCGAUCACAUUGCACCCCGAGAUCCCUGAUCUAGCUCGGGCGGUCGCCGCGGAAUGUCGAGGUCUCCCGCGAGCACUCCUCAUGAUCGGCAGGAUCAUGUCGACCAAGACAACGGUCGGGGAGUGGCGCUUGGCACUGGACAAGUUGGCCAUGUUUAGCGGAGCUGAGUUGGAGGUCGAAGCCGCACUUCGACGUUUCGCCUCCAUCUUCUCCGAGGAUACGCCUGCCUCCUCCUCUACUAAGGUGAUGAUAUUCCAUUACUCUGGUUUCCUUAUUUCUUUAAUGGGCACCGAACUAAAGGGGUUCUUUGUGUUGUACAGGAAUGAUUGGAUUGGACGACAUGGAUUGAGAAGUAGACGAGAAGAAAGAGAGAGAAAGGAAGCAAUGAGCAUGGCAGAGGGCUUUCAGAGGUUCAACACGGCAACUCGAAGGACAGAGAAGCUAAAUUGGCGACUGAAAGAGGCAAAUCCGAAGUUUCGUAAGCCAUCUACAACAAGAAUCGUCAGACUGGAGCGGUGGAGAAGAUAUCUCGGGGCAGAAAGGAUUCGGACCAGUGCUAACUCGGCGGAAAAAGUCUGA